AAAUAACGAAAUCGAAAUAUAAACUAAUUACAAAAUGGAACAGGAUUUGAAAAGUAAAAUUGAUGAAGCUUGCAGAACUGCUGAAGAAUUUACCAAAUUGUAUUAUGAAAAUUUGGAUAAAAGAAGAUACUUAAUGUCGAGGUUAUACAUGGACGCUGGUACUUUAAUAUGGAAUGGCAAUGGUAUAGAAACCAAAGAAAAUAUUCAAAAAUUCUGGACAGAUUUACCACCAUCUGAACAUACCAUUCUUACUUUAGAUGCACAACCUGUUACAAGUGCAGGAAUAUCAGCAGAAUUAACGUUCCUCAUCAAAGUCAGUGGACAAUUGAAACUUGAUGAAAAAUCAUCUAAAUCGUUCAUUCAAACGUUUCUGAUAACAGCUGUUGGAGACAAAUGGAAAAUAGUUACCGAUUGUUUUAGAGCAGUAGAAACAUAAUUAUAAUCAAGAUGAUGAUAUUAAUAAAUUGUAAAUAAUAAUUUUUUAAUAAAAAAAACUUA